CGACAGACAGUAAAAAAAAACAAAAGCAAAACUAACAAAGUAAACACAACAAUUGAUUUAACUAUGAUUGCUGCACCAAAAUAUUCUAUUGAUUCUUCGCCUUUAAAGAUUGACUUUUACGUAUGCUGAGGAACUCACGUACGGAAUUGAAGAAUCCCCGCUUCAUUUUGCUAUUUACAGGAUAUACGCUAUGGUUGCUGUAAAAUGAAAUCGAAGUGUCGUACAUCGAUGACGUCAUUUCCACUCCCUGUAAAAUAGAGAGAUUAGUGUCGAUUCUGGCAGGAUUCUCUAAACUUAUAACUAAAUUUAACAUCAUCAGUCUGUCCUUUUCAUUCUGUAUAGAGAAUGACAGAGAUUUGAAUGUUGUCAAAUUUAAGUUUAGCUUGAUAGAAUCAUACCAGAAACAACACCUUAUUACUAAGAUAAAUAUAGAGUGGAACGUACACGGUUUAUUAUGGCCUGCCUUAAUGCCUAUCUUGGCAACCGCAAUAAACCUUAUGUUCUUAUACAAUUUGUAUAAUUAUUAAAGUGAAACUUUAAUUACAUCGCCACAAAAUUUUUCGUUUAUUUUUAGCAUGUCGUAAUAUUGGCCUUCUCAACAAGCAUCUAUGUUUCAGGGGUAGAAAGCUCGCGGCUCGCGGAAAGCGGUUCGAUUCCCAGCCGAGGGGUGAAAAAGGGUGUGGAAGUUUGUAUAGGAAAUCAAUUUUUCCACGCAGAUGAAGUCGUGGCCACCAAUAAGUCGAAAACAAAACUUUUACCUGAAAUUCCUCGCGGAACCUUCUCUUACGCAAUUGUCCGUUAUGCAUUUUCGUGAGCAAGGAAACCUGUUAAUAAUAUUAGCAAUGCUUACAAACAAUGUACUUGAAGAUCGUCUUAGGACUCAAAUGAUAAUACCAGUUUCCAAGGAGACAUAUUUCAACACUAAAUGGAAACCGAAGGCGGCACCUCUGUGUGCAUACGACAUGCUGUAUCACCCACCUGACUACAACCCCAAGUCCGCGAGGUCCGACCGACAGGAAAUUGAUAUUAUUAGAAAGAAUAUUUGGAUGCAAGAACUACACAAAGGCAUAGCGUCGACUACGCAUUUUCAAAUGGGGCGUCCCAAACGAAAAAUUUAUGACAUACCAACAAAGCAGUUUGUUAGGGUACAAGUGAAGAACGAAAACCCGCAUAUAAGAAUAAACAACGUGCUGGAAUGGGCUAAGCUACUCAACGAAGGGAAACCAUUGUGUGAAAUAUAAACUUUAUGUAUUGAUGUGUACGUUUAAAAUUUCUAAAUCACUGGUAUUGAAACAAAUAUAAGACUAUAAGGGCAUAUCAUCAAAUUUACCUUUAGUUAUCUCAAAAUGAAAUGAAAUUAUUCUUUAUUCAAAUUGACUUAUUGAAAGCUCUUUUAAAUCGUACAAUAUUUUGUCCUACUAUUUAGGACAUCUCUUAGCUGAUGAGAAAGGGCGCAAGAAACCCAUAAGCUUGUUGUUUGUUGUUAAAUGUUGCAUUUAAAAAAAAACAAGCCGCUACCAAUACAACGUCCACUCACAUUUUGAUUGCUGUGUCAUACAGCAUAAGUACAAACAGUGUUCAUAUUAGGUGUAAUAGAUAACCUCUCGAAAGUUACGCAGUAUAGAGCUGACUCAUCCCCGCUGGCAGCACCCGUUCACGAGCAUGACGCAUGAACCAGCCAUCGCUUUGCUCAGCCAUAUUUAAGGGUACUUAACGACCCUCAUAUCGCAACUAAUGACUGAUAGCGAUUUUAAGUACGAUUUUGAUAUGCUGUUUUAUAUGAAAAGAGUAUCUUAAGAUCGUAGUCUAAGCGAUCUGUAAAUACGGGCCUUAGGCACUGGACUAAUUAGACUAACAGUGUUCUACAACGAUGCAUGUUUAAAACAAGCACUUCUUGGUUCCUUGAUUUAUCCAGGGCCGUUCCAUGGCUACCAGAUCGUAUAAUUUUAUACAAAACGUGUAUAAUGGGCAGUGGCGUAGCCUGCCUUUGCGGGGCCC